CCGGGCCUCGGGAUCCUGGAGCGGGGCGGGGGUAGGCCGUCCGCCACACCGCCAGGAAGUCCCCUAGGAUCAGGUGUAAUAUAUUCUGACCUGAAGAUUUUUAAAUUCGUCAUCCAUGGGAUUUUGUUUGAGUUGAAGAUGGAGGAUGUUGAAUCACGAUUUGCACAUCUUCUUCAGCCGAUAAGAGAGCUGACAAAGAACUGGGAGAUUGAUGUGGCAGCUCAACUGGAGGAGUACUUGGAAGAGUUGGACCAGAUCUGCAUUUCCUUUGAUGAUGGGAAAACAACAAUGAACUUUGCAGAGGCUGCACUGCUGAUCCAGGGUUCUGCAUGUAUUUACAGCAGGAAGGUGGAAUAUCUGUAUUCUUUGGUGUACCAAGCAUUGGACAUCAUAUCCAACAAAAAGCGGAAUCAGAAGCCAGCAUCUAUUGGGGAAAGUGGUACAGAUCAUGAUGUUCCUUUGGAUGAUCAGAAUGCAGAACUGGAAUUUUUGUCUCUAGAUGACAUUGAGUGUCCAUCAAAAAACAGCAUCGAUAUGGAGAAGGAUGCCAAUUCUCCUGUUGUGUGCAUUAUCCCAAUAACGCCAAUGGCACUGGUACCACCUGAAGAAAUAGAAAAAAAGAACAAUCCGCUAUUCAGCCGAAGAGGAGAGAUCCUGGGUAGCCGCAAGGAUUUCCGAAUGAAUACCUGCACUCCUCAUGCCACUGGUGCUUUUAUUUUGGAGCUGAACAAUGCAUCACCAAUGAGCUAUCUAAAUAAGCAACAGCAGGACAACACAGAACAUAAUAGCAAUGGCCUACAAGAUUUUACACAAGACAAGGUGAUGGAUAGUCGCGACUGUCAAGCUCCUGUUCUAGCGUUGCACUUUUCAGAUGAUGUAGGAAUUGAUGAUGGUGGCGAUGUUGAUGAUGAUUUUCUCCCACCGUUACCAGAGGAAGAGAUGGAUCAGGAACAUAUUGCAAAACAGAAGGGUAUAUCUGAGGCUCCAGGUUACACCCUCCGUGGGAAACAAGUGAAAACAAUUGACCCAGCGGAUAGAAAGGAAGUGCUUGAUCCUUGGAGGAGCUUGGACCCCUUUGAAGCCACACAAGACAAGCCAUUCAAGAAAGGAAGGUAUUUUAUCAUCCCAUCAUGUGUCAAUGUCACAGGAACCAAACGGAAGCGGAAAAGCUUUGGAAAAGUGAAAGACUUUGGGAAAUGGUUCUCUGGAAUAUAUUAUGGUGGACAGAGUGAUACAAAGAACAAAAAGAGAGGACCAAUGUUUGCAGAUAUGGAGGUUCUGUACUGGAAACACAUGAAGGAAAGACUGGGGGCACAAAGGAAGUAUCAGCAGAGAAUGAUUGCGCUACGUGGGCGAGUAAUAGAAGAGUUAGAAACUGAAGCAGGAAAUGUGGAAGAAGAAUUAAACAAGUUGCAAGAACAAGAUGAAGACCAUCUGGAUUAUGAUGGAGUGGAAGAUGACUAUGGCAUUGAUUUGGAACAUGAAGUUGUUGGAUCUCAGGAAAACCAUAGCCCCAUGAAUUUGGAUCCUCUUGGAGAAGCUGGAUUUGUGAGUUACGAGGAGCUUGUCAGAAGGAAUGUGGAACUGUUUAUUGCUAACUCCCAGCAGUAUGCCCAGGAAACUGCUCUGUCACUUCGUGUUAAGAACUGGGAGGAAACGAUCGGCCCAAGACUAGAAAAAGAAGAGGAGAGAGCUGCCUUUGCCAUCCAUGAUUAUGCAGAUAGAAUUGUGGAUUCAUUUGAUUACAUAAAACAAAGACGUUCAUUUGCAAAUAUUGUGUCUGGAAAGGAGUCAUUUGAGGUGUGUCGAUACAUGCUUGCCUCUCUACAACUGGCUAAUGACUACACGGUAGAAAUAUGGCAGAGAGACGGAUUGUAUGAGUCAGUUGACACGAUGGAACUCACCUUGUUGAGCCAAGUAAGAGCUCAUGAUCGGUUCCGGACCUACAUGGCUCCAUCUCUUUCCAAUAAAUAAGAAAACUCUCAAACCUUCCUGCAUCUCUCACAGCCUUUAAAGUUGCAAACUCUCCUAGAUAUUACUGAAAGCCAUAAGUGGAAAAGGCUGUGCUGUUUCUGCUUGAUGUACGCAGCUAAUGUCUGAAAUAUUGCUCAUGAACAAGUUGCCUGGACCUUUCAUUUGAUGGAAACCUUCCUUAACAUUAAAUCCUCAACAAAACAACUUGUGGAUUGACUUUGAAAAAGAGUAAUUAUGUUUAAAUAUUCUCAUGUGUAGUUCGAGAUUAUUUUAAGUACAACAUGAAUAUUGAAAUGCAUCCUUUACAAUAAUCUUUUAAACCACUUUGCUCUUAUUUUUCUGUCUGUGCUGAAGAUAUAGCUUUCUCAUUAAAUGAACUCAUUUACUGUAAUUAAGGUACCCGAGUUUUAGAUUUGUGUCAAGAAAUGUUUGGGCUUGUCCGUACUUCCCUGGAGUGUCAGCAAUGUCACAUUCUAAGUUGGCAUUAGAUCUACAGUAUCAUCUUCUGAUUGAAGUGCAGUUUAAGUGAGACACAUUUUUGCUGUCCUUCUUGAAAAGUUUCCCAGGUUUGGAAAUCUCUUCAAAUGCUAUAUGUAACUUUGUGCUGGUUGUAACUUUGUAAGGUGCAAUGCAGGUCUUGUUUGUUUUGGGGGUUCAGAAUUGUGAUUGAAUAUUUCCCUUGCUCUAACCUGUAUCCUGUAAGCAAAAAUAAACCUUUUCAGCAGCACUGAGACAGGGAACAUGAGUGGGAUGGUGGGGAACCAGGAAUGAUGCUUUAAUAUUGAUUAGUAUGGUUGGUGAAGGUGUAUAUUGUGGUUUAUUAAGAAUAACUAGAGAUCAUGAUGAGUUUGGGUACACACAUUCAAUGCACUUUUACCAAGAACAAUUUUUUAAAUAACUUUGUAUCAAAGCUUGUAAACAUUGUCUAUUUAAAGCUUUUUUGUGUAAGUGAUGGUAUUGCAAGAUCUGUAGAACUAGGCUAUUCAAGGAAAUUAUUGUAUCCAGCAUGGAAUAUUCUGUUGACAAAUGCUUUGAGCAUAUACUCAAGAGGAACAACACAAAAAAAACAAUUACUAUGCACCAUUGUGGGGUGGGGGGCAUUCUUUGUUAAAAUAAUUAUAAACAAAAUUCCAGUUGGCGGAAAAUGGUAAAAAGUGAAUCUUCCUCUGUUGCAGUGUCAGUGGCCUUUGUUACUAAGACAGCAAACAAAUCAGUACACUAUCCCAUCUAUUUUGUAUAUGUGUAAAAUAAAAAUUAAAAUGAUUUGAAAUGAAUGAUUCUUUAAGAAUUCACAAUGUCAUUGUGUGUGUAGACAACAAACUCUUCACUGCAGUACAGUGAAGAGACAUUGGCGGUCAAGUUGUUCAAGGAUUCUGAUUGACUAUUUAUGCAUGGAAUGUGUCAGUGGCAAGACCAGAAGGUAUUUUUACAGCAGCUGCAUUUAAUUCCAUAACAAGAUAGAGAUAAACAUCCAGAGUUUGGAUUAAUAAGCGGUGAUUCUUAUCCCAACCCAGUGCUAGUACAUAUCUAUCACCAACAACAGAAGCAAACCAGUUGUCUCUUGACAUGAUAAUUGAACUACCAUGUUUAAAAUGCUGGUGAUCACUAAUAACCACCUUUAGGACUCAUCACAAAGAAGUUGAAGACUGAUUAUCGGAUAAAAAUAAGUUGUUGUCUGACUUCCUAAAGCCUUGCUGUGAUUGAUAUGAAGCAUGUUAAGAGAAGUAAUCAAUCUACCUGCUUAAAUGAGUAAGUUCCACAAACACUCAAGCUUUUCAUCCAGAACAAAGCAGACUGCUUGCUGAGUAUCCAUUCAAGCAAUAAGACUAACUAGUCAGUCAUUCUUCCUUUGUCAGAGGUACUUCACCCCACGGCUACAUGAGUUCUACAGAGAAGUUUACCCAAGCUUGAUUAUCUAAGCUGUAUCAUUAAAUGCCCUUCCACCAUAAGGUCAGAAGUCAGGAUGUUCACUGACAAUUGCAGUGUUUAACUUCAUUUAUAAAUUCUCAGCAAGUGAUUACCCAUACAUGCAGUCUAAAUCAUAUAAAUGGAACAUGCCUUUUUGAAUUACGUUGUCCAUGACUGACCAAGUCCCAUCAGUACUAUACCUGUUUGCCAGUCCCUGGGCAAUUCUAGUGCUCGAUUAGGUAUUUAAAUGAUAAAGUACUUGCCUCUACAACCAACUCAAGUAUUGUGCUCCAGAUACCAGCAUACAGAAAGAAUUCUUCAGAUCUCCUGUAUCAUUCAACAGUGAUACCCUGAUACUUAUUAUGAAUAUAAAAACACCUUUCACAUGUACUUAGCUACACUGCUUGAGAAUUGUGGCUGGAAGUGUUUGUAAUUUACAAACAUACAACAGCCAUAUGUCAACGAUUACCGGACAGUGCUUUCCAAAACUCAACUCUGGCACCAGAAAGAAAAAGGUAGCUGACACAUAAUUGAGUCGGCAAUUCAGUAAUUACAGAAACUUGGCCAUACAAACUAGACAUGGUUAAAAAGAUCUGUAGUCUGAAUACCAACACUGGGGAACAAAACAAUUUUAAAACAGUCUGUAAAUCAAUGUUCACAGCAUUUGCCAACUUUACAACCAUUUCACUACUCCUUUAAUCUUUCAGAUUCUUUUCAGUGAGUAAAAUGAUUUACAACAUGAAAUGUCUUUUGCAAGUUCACAUAUUCAACCUCAUUAACACCAUAAACUAUUAUUUCAUUAUGUUAAUCAAGUUUGAGCUGAAACAACUUUCCAUAAAUGCACUACUGAUUUGGAUAUUUCUAACGUGCAGGGUUGUACUUCAGAGUUUAACAAAUCUUAGCUGAUUCAAUUUAUUACCCCUACCUUUUCUAACUUUCCACUUGUAAACCAUUACUUUGUUUUUAAACAUAGGACCAAAGUUGAACAAAAUCUUUCAGUUUAAUUUAAAGUUAUGAGAA